GGAGGAAUGCCUGGUAUGGGCGGCGGCGACGACUUCGGCGGAAUCGACUUCUCGAAACUCGGCGGCGGUGCCGGCCUGGGCGGUGAGGAGGAGGAGGAGGAGGAAGACGAGGAGGAGGAUGACGACAUGCCCGCGCUGGAGGGCGAGGAAGCGAAGGCUGCAGAGGGCAGCAAGGCCGCUGCCUAAAUUACCAAAGUCAAUCACGACUCUUAAUCUGGGCUCAUCCACGCCCAAUUCUCUGUCAUGAUAGCUUUGAGAGAGACGUAAUCGCUUCUUCGGGACGGGAGAGUGAGACUUCAUCCUGCCACUUUUGGCGGACCCUAGGAGUUCUGGAGAGGUCUGCAGCGAGGGCCAGAUAAAUUCGGCGAGGUCUUUUGUUCCUCCUAAGUUAAUCUGAUUACGGGUUAUCCUCACUUUACAAUUGCAUAACACAC